UUGCGGACUUUUUGCCCACGUUCCAUUUGACAUUAAUUUGGAUUGCAUUUCGUUUGGUUUUCCAUGUCAUCUCAUUUCCCUCUCCUCUGCUCCAAAUCUCAGAGCAUCCUAUUGUUUGAAUUCUUUGAUUUGCUUCUUUUGACCCGUAACACGUAGAAAGAUGCAGUUUCUUAAAGGCGAGGGCGAGGGCGAGGGCGAGGGGCAGAGCCGCAGCAGCUCUAGUAGCAUGUCAAGUUGGCAUCCUCGCGCAGAUGGAGAUGGAGAUGGAGACGGACAUCACUUCAAUAUCAAUAUCAAUAUCAAUAUCGAUGACAAUGGCAAUGACACGGCAGAGGCAGAGACAAAAGCAGGAUGCACUGAUUUCUCCCAUGUUGGAGACGAUUCGGGUAAGUCCUGUGAUCAAAUGCUUUGUUUUCAUGGGGUAAAGCAGGGAAUUCCCAUUAGUAGGAACGGGGAACAGGUGAGAGAAGAAAUGAAUGGGGGUUUUCCCAAGGAGUGGAGGAAUGUCAGCCAAACGGAGGUGGGCGUUUUCUCAAUGAAAAAGAGGAACAACUGUGAGGCAUUUGGGGAUGACUCGAACAAUUAUGACUUGGGUUCCCAAUUAAAAACUAGUAGAGAAUUAGAUGGUAGAAACGUGAUAGAGAAAUUGGAGUUCGUUCCCGAUAGGUUUAACACUUUGAAAUCGGGUCAUAUUGUUGAUCUGUUUGAAGAAACGGAAAUGGUGAAAAGAGAUAGCUUGAGAAGUGGGCCAAGUUCAGAGAGGAAGGAAAUCGAUCUAGAGUUGGCGGACGGUGAUUGUCCGGAAACUGCGAAGGAGAUGGGGAGCGAAGAGUUGACAUUGAGUUAUAUGUGCGAUAAGUCAAAAUCCUCAUUCAAGGCAAAUUCACAAGCUGCACUCAGAGGUAGUUUUAUUGGGCCCGAGCUCAAAGAUAAAGGCAAACAAUCGGCUCUUUCUAUGUCCAACGGUACAGAGCCUGCAGACUACAGUGGCAGGUGGCUUGAAAGGGACUUUUUACAUUUGAGGACAAGUUGGGAAGAACAGAGGUCUUGUAGAAUAGAAAAGGGGUUAAGCAGCAGGCAUCUUCCUAGAGGAGAGCAGGCUCCCCAACUGGAAUUGUGUGCAGAAGAACAAAGACAAAAGAAGCCUAAAACCGAGUGCUUUCAACUUUCUUUGGGCUUGCCAGACGUCUCAAUGACUUUAGCAUCACCAGACCUAAAUGUGCCUCCUGCUCUACCUACUCAGACAAGAAGUAUCCAAUCACUGGGUCAUACAAACCACACAAGGACAAGUUCAUUGGGUCAUACAAACCAUACAAGGACAAGCUCAGAUGGAUUUACUACGUCUCUUGAAUAUUCACAGUCACAUACUUUUGUUCAUAAUCCCAGCUGCUCUCUCACACAAAACUCUUUGGAAAAUUAUGAAUACUCUGUUGGUAGUCACCCAGUAUCUCAAGGGAAUGAUCAGAUAUCUUAUGGAAAUUGGCAAACCCCAAAUGUAAGUGAGCAGGUUUCUCAUAGGAACCAUGAAUCAAUAGGCCAGGCACAAGAGAGGUCAAAAUCUGGAAGGGACAUUUCAUUGUAUCAGAAAGUUUUUUUGCAGAAUGGAAACACGCAAGGCCAGCAAGCCUCUCAAGGUUCUUUUGGUGGGAAUGACAGGGAUAGGAACUUUGUUGGAAAUGAAAGGAUUGGGGCCGAUUCUCAUUCUCAGGGCAGUUAUCAAAAGGCAGUACGGCAGCAAGCAAGGACCUUGGAUGGGGGUCCGGGUGAAAAUGAUAGCAACGAAAGGCAGUUUAGUUUCCCCAGAGAAAUACCUGAACAAUCUAGACGAGAUGCUUGGUCUUCACCAUCACGGAGUGUGAGUUCCCAAGAGACAAGGUCUACACAGCAAAAGCGAAUUGAGAAAGGCAUGCCAAAACCAGAAGCAAACAGAGAUAUUUUAUUUCCAAAGAACAAGCAAGUAACAGAUGGAGAACAACCUGCGAUGAGAGACAUUUUAACAGCUGAUAGGAUUAUUCGUGAGAUUGUUUUAGAACCAAUUAAUAUUAUGGCUCAAAAACUUCAAGAACUGCCAGACAACAUCCUUGAUGAUGCGAGGGAGUAUUUACAAGAUCUCAUUGGGAAUAAUGAAAAGAGAGAGCAUUUUGCUAAUUUUCAGAAAAUCCUUCAGAGAAGAAGCGACUUAACUUCAGAUAUGCUAAUAAAAUCUCACAGGUUUCAGUUGGAGAUCUUAGUUACCCUGAAAACAGGAAUUAAAACAUUUUUAAGGUGUAAUCAUAUUCCAAUCUCUGAGCUAGUUGAUGUCUUCCUAGAUUUCAGGUGCAGAAACUUGGCCUGUAAGAGUCAAUUGCCAGUGGAUGACUGUGAAUGUAAAGUCUGUUCUCAGAGGAGUGGGUUUUGCAGCUCAUGCAUGUGUCUUAUUUGCUCGGAGUUUGAUUGUGCAUUCAAUACAUGUAGCUGGGUUGGCUGUGAUAUGUGUUUACAUUGGUGUCAUACUGAUUGUGGUAUUCGUAAAUCAUAUAUCAAACCUAGUCCCAGCUUAAAAGGAGCACCUGGGACCACUGAGAUGCAGUUUCACUGCAUUGCUUGUGAUCAUUAUUCUGAGAUGUUUGGGUUUGUGAAGGACGUUUUUAAGAGGUUUGCCAAGGAAUGGGUAGGUGAGACUCUUGUAAAAGAGCUUGAUUUUGUAAGGAGGAUAUUCCAAGAAAGUGAGGACCCAAGAGGAAAACAAUUGCAAAGCAAGGCUGAGGAGAUGCUGGUUAAACUUCAAAGUAAAAAUUAUGGUUCUUCAGAGGUCUGUAAUUUUCUUUUGUCAUUUUUUACUGAAUGUGAUUCCAAAUUCUCUGAAACGGCUUAUGUUACUGCAAAGGAUCCUGUUUUACCAAAUGAAAGAGAAGGUCCACACAAUCAAUUUGCUAUUGCAGUUCGAGAAGCCAUAUAUAACAUAAACCCUAGAUCCAGUGAAAAGGUUACCAGUAAGAUUCUAAAAGCUUGUGAAACAAGUGAUCGAGAUUACGUAGGGAAGAAGAUAGACAGUGGAGGUUCGCACUUUGACAGGGUGAGGAAUAAAGCCGAAAUAGAUGAACUGGAUAGCAUUGUUCGAAUUAAACAAGCUGAGGCACAGAUGUUUCAAAGCCGUGCAGAUGAUGCUCGCAGAGAAGCACAAGGACUUCAACGAAUUGCACUUGCAAAAAGCAAUAAGAUAGAGGAAGAGUAUUCGGGCAAACUUGCAAAACUAUGUUUGACUGAAACUGAGGAGAGGAGGAGAUUAAAGCUUCAAGAGUUGCACAACCUAGAAAUUGCUCAUCGCAACUAUUAUACCAUGAAAAUAAGGAUGGAAACAGACAUCAAAGAGUUACUGAUAAAAAUGGAAACAACACGACGGCAGUUUUUAUAGUUAUAACAUCACCUUUAUAAUUUGUUGUCUUCUUGUAUGAUUAUAUAUAUUCAACUACUCUAUUUGACUGUGCACUAGCCAACUCACUUUAACUCAAUGCCAGUGCCAAAGAUGGAGUGGAACAUUAUUUGUUGCCUAAUCAAAUUGAAGAUAUUUGAAUUACUGCAUCUUUGUAUAAAAUUGUAUGUGAGAAUAUAUUCUCGGACAUCUCACUAAGCCAUAUGUUAGAGCAAUUCAAACUUGUACUUUGGCCUUUCUUGGUGUCACGCAGGACCUACGUGAUGAAUACAUAUUUUACAGGUUAUUUUUAAUGUAUAUUAGCGAGCAGCUUAACCUUCUUGGCUUAAA